UAGUGCAUGCUCCUAAUUUAAACAUGAAAUUGAGAGUCUUUGUGUUAGUGUGUGUUGUUCUCCUCAUCCUCGUAUCCUCUCUUAUAGGAGAAUUGUGUGCUACUAAGGAUGUUCGUGUGAUGACAGAAAACGGUAACGGAGUUUAUAUCGUUUACCUGGGCGCUGUUGGGGCAGCCGUGACAUCGUUGAAUGACGCCGUUAAAAAUGAUCAGCAAGCAGCUCGCCUAUUCAGCUCCCUCCUUAAAGGGAAGAGGAAUGCAUUGGUGCAUAGCUACACAAAUGGAUUCCUGGGAUUCGCAGCCCGGUUAACGGAGGACGAAGCCCAAUCCAUUGCUCGAGAGCCCGAGGUUGUGUCAGUUUUCCCUGACCCAAUCCUCCAACUCCACACCACCCGCUCAUGGGAUUUCUUGAAGUCCUUCUCCGCUGAUCAUUCAUGGGAUAGGCCAACAUCAUCAUCAUCAUCAUCCACUGGAACCGACACCAUCAUAGGCAUCUUGGAUACAGGAAUAUGGCCUGAAUCUGCUAGUUUCAACGAUGACGGCAUGGGACCCAUCACGGCCCGGUGGAAAGGAGCAUGCGAAGAUGGCAUCGAUUUCAAUUCUACCCUCUGCAACAGGAAAAUUAUUGGGGCGAGGUACUAUUCGGGCUCGGAUGAGAGUCAAUCAAAAGGGUCGGCGAGGGACCAAAAUGGGCAUGGGACCCACGUUGCCUCCACGGCAGCAGGCUCCCGUUCCCCGAAUGCAUCAUACUAUGGCCUUGCUUUAGGGGUCGCCGAUAGUGGUUCCUCGGCUUCAAGAAUUGCCGUAUACCAAGUGUGUUCCGUUAUGGGAGGUUGCCUAGGAUCUUACAUCUUGAAAGGCUUUGAUGAUGCUAUGAGGGAUGGGGUGGAUGUGUUGUCACUGUCUGUAGGAGGUGAGGAAGGGAUAAAACCGGAUUUCUCAAGAGACCCCAUCGCCAUUGGUUCCUUCCAUGCCAUGGAGAGAGGUAUCGUUGUUGUCUGCUCCGCGGGGAACAGUGGUCCGGACCCGAGCACUCUCGUGAAUGAUGCUCCGUGGAUCUUCACUGUGGCCGCUUCCACUAUUGACCGUGAUUUCGAAUCACGCAUUGUUUUGGGAGGGGGUAAUAAGAAUGUGAUUAAGGGCGGAGGCAUCCAAUUUAGCAAACUUGAGAAAACACCUAUGUACCCAUUGGUCAUGGGAGCCUUGGCUAAAUGGGAGAAUGCUUCUGAAAGCGAUGCAAGGGAAUGCAUCGAACACUCGUUAGACCCUGCAAAGGUGAAGGGCAAUAUCAUUCUUUGUGAAUACAAACGCAUAGGGUACCCUAAUAUGCAUAGGGUGGAUGUGGUUCAAGAGGCUGGUGGAGUGGGAAUAAUAGAAAUAGUCAGUGAUGACAAUAGGUUUGAGGCACCCAAGUUUGAAACUUUUCCAGGGUCUAUAGUCACAAAAAGGGAAGCCAAUGACAUUCUCACAUAUAUUAACUCCACCAAGAGCCCAAUAGCAACAAUCCUUCCAACUGUGACAACAUUAGGGUAUAAACCCGCCCCAGUUGUGAUCUUCUUUUCAUCAAGGGGGCCAUCUCUUGCCAGCCAUAACAUUCUCAAGCCAGAUAUUAGUGCACCUGGUGUUGACAUUCUAGCAGCUUGGCCAGACGUUACAGAUGAUGAUUACUUGGGCGGGGCCACAAUCCCUGGCAUGAACCCUCCCGGUUACUACAUACAGUCGGGCACCUCAAUGUCCUGCCCGCAUAUAUCCGGAAUUGUGGCUUCGGUCAAAGCACACAAUCCGACAUUUAGUGUAUCUGCAAUUAGAUCCGCUAUAAUGACCACAGGUAAUGAUGGAAUUUAUGGUUAGGUAAGAAUCACUCAACUAGCUCAUAAGACAUUUUGACAAAACCAGAGUAAAAAAAUUGAAUACAAUCGAUUAUCUAGUUUAACUCAAGGCCGUAUUAACCCACUAUUCUUUCUGUAGUUUUCCUAUGUGAGACAAUUUAACAGGUAACAACAUAAAUUGACCCAAUUGAG